GCUGGUCCAUCUGUUGCUGGGACAGAACUGAACGAUAUGAUUACAGCUGAUGGCCUACAUACACAUGAUAUUACUGUCAUAAAUUAAUAUUUGACAGCAGGAUGCAUGUUCAGUGAUCUGCACCUCCUGGUCGUUAGGCCUACAUAUAUUGUUCUGUUCUUUAUUUUUAAAUGAUAAAGCAUACCAAAUCGUUUUGUGACUGGAUUGUACCAACCUCGUUCAUAGAGUGAGCCACACAUGGAAGUGUUGCAAAUACCACAGUAAUGUCGUAAUGUGGCAAAGACGGCAAUAAUAAUAAUAAUAUGGCGAAUACGCCAGCAGUGUCGAAAUUUGGCGAUGUGGCCAACACGGAAGUAUUGACGCAAGUUGUGAAAACAACUGCUGUGUACUCGCGAAAUAUGGCGAAAAAGGGUAAUCUGACGAUCUGGCUUUUGUUGUCAACAUUCGCUGUCUGUAUGGGAUCUUCCUUUCAGUUUGGUUACAAUACCGGUGUCCUGACAGGAGUUUCUGUGUUUAUGGAAGAAUUCUACAAUCAAUCGUAUUAUGAAAGAAAAGGAGGAGAAUACUUGACAGAUGAUAAUUUAAGAUGGCUUUGGUCAACAACUAUUUCUAUCUACGCCAUAGGUGGCGCCUUUGGAGCGCUGAUUGCGGGUUAUUAUACAUUUUAAUUUAAUUUCAGCAAAGGAGCAUUGAUUUUUAAUAAUGUAUUCUCCGUGUCAGCCUCCCUCAUGAUGGGAUUAAGUCAAGUUGCUAACAGUUAUGAGAUGGUGAUAAUAGGACGCAUCGUCAUCGGCUUGAGCGUUGGUAUAUCUAUCACAAUCGUACCUCUAUAUUUGGCUGAGAUAUCGCCUGUCAACUACAGAGGUGCCAUUGGUACAUGUCAUCAACUGGCUAUAACAGUUGGCAUCUUGAUGGCGCAGGUUUUUGGUCUUUAUGUAUUAGAUAGUUCUGAUGGUUGGCCUAUUUGCCUCGCAUUGACUGGAGCAAUCGGUUUUGGUGGUUGUUUAAUUUUGCUUAUGUGUCCAGAAAGUCCGCGUUGGCUUCUUAUCAACAAAGGCGAUGAAGACAAAGCCAGAGAAGCUAUGGUGAAAUUACGUGGAAAAGAUGAUGUUGAGAACGAUAUAGAUGAGAUAAAAGAGGAGCAUCGGCAAAGCAUAGCUUAUGAUGAAGGAAAGAUAACAAUGCUGGACGUCAUUCGAAUGAAGGAGAGUUGGUGGAAGAUGCCACUUAUCAUCUCCGUUCUCCUACAUGCUGGUCAACAGUUUUCUGGAAUCAAUGCGGUGAUGUUUUAUGCCACUGAGAUUUAUGAGCAGGCACAAAUGGAUGAGGACGCAGUUGCCAAAGCAACGGUUGGUACUGGUCUCAUAAAUGUCAUGAUGACACUAGUGGCAGUUUACAUUGUAGAGAGGACAGGGCGGCGUGUUCUGAUGCUCUACCCUUACGCCGUUAUGAUAUUCAUCACUGCUAUCAUUACGUUAUCUUUGAGUUUAGAUGGCGAUGCUUGGCAGUGGGUUACACUCGUGUUCAUUUACUUUUACAUUAUCGGAUUUGCAAUUGGACCAGGUCCAAUGCCUUUUGUAGUUGUACCAGAGCUUUGGGCCCAAGGUCCGCGUCCAGCUGCCAUGAGCUUAGCUGUCCAGUGCAACUGGUGGUCAACAUUUAUAGUCGGACUGGCGUUUCCGUUUAUGCAGGAAGGAAUGGGUGCUUUCACAUUUUUGGUAUUCACGUUCUUCUUAGCUCUAACGACUGCCUUCACAUACUUCUUCGUGCCAGAGACCAGAAACAGGACUUUUGAAGAAAUCACGUCCAAAUUUAAGAGGGACGCCAAGCAAUCGGAACUGAAAGCUCAUGCAGUGUAAUUGAAACACAAUGUCUAAUCUAAAUGACACUACUGUUAAAAAUAUUAUAUUAAUAAGAUGGAUAGAUAAACUAUC